AUGGCUCAACUAGUUCCGCCUCUGUCGGCCUAUGGGUUGUCCAAGGAUUGUGGAUUUCUCUCCUCGGCUCCAGUGCCAGCGCUGGCAGAUCCCUACUACGCCGAAUGGGAGAGUAUUCUCGCCCGUCUCCAGCCUCUCCUUCAGAAUGGAGGACUUCGUGCAGCUGUCGAUGAUUUACCAAUUCUCUCCACGUUACUGUUACAGACUGAGUUACAAUGGAAGAGGGCAUAUCUCCUUCUAGUCUCAAUGUUGCAGGGUUACGUCUGGAGCGGUGCGGAACCUUCCGAACGCAUCCCGCCUUCAAUCACAAUCCCCCUGAAGCAAGUCUGUGAGCACCUGGAACUACCUCCAAUGGCCACCUAUGCUGGGUUUUGUCUCUGGAAUUAUGUACCAAAUUGCAAAAUUGGGUCCCUGAGUGACCUCUCCAACUUAGGGUGUGCAGUAACAUUCACGGGUACUGUAGAUGAGCAUUGGUUUUACAAGAUAUCAAUGGCCAUAGAAGCGUAUGGAGCACCCAGCCUACAAUCAAUGUUGGAAGCAAUUGAAGCAGCACAUGUCGGGCAUAGCCAAGUGGUUACUGAUCGCCUGAACCAUCUCGCUGAAACGAUAGAUGGAAUAAUUGCUAUUCUACAGCGAAUAUAUGAAAGCUGUGAUCCCCGAGUAUUUUACCAUCAAGUGCGACCUUACCUCGCGGGCAGCAAGGGAAUGGAAAAUUCAGGGCUACCCAAUGGUGUGUGGUACGAUGAUGGCAGCGGUCACAUAGAAUAUCGACAAUACGCUGGCAUUAGCAAUGCUCAGAGCUCAUUAAUCCAGUUUUUUGACAUAGUCCUUGGCAUAGAACAUCGUCCAACUGGCAUCAGCAGCACUACUUCAAAGCAAGAGGCCAAAGGGCCCCAGCCACUUCAGCAUAACUUCAUUCACGAAAUGCGGAAAUAUAUGCCUGGACCUCAUCGCCGUUUCCUGGAAGACGUUGGCAAGGCCACAAAUAUCCGAUCUUUUGUCGAGAGUCGACGGUCUGAUCAUGCACUAUGUAAUGCGUAUGACUCCUGCCUUGAAAUGCUGUGCAAGUUAAGGGACAAGCAUCUCCAGGUUGUUUCCCGCUAUAUCAUUGUUGAAUCGCGGAAAUCAAUGAUGACUGAGAAUCCGGCUGGCGAUACUGCAUUGCCACCAGCUCUGAUAAAUCCCGAUGCAGAGAGCUCAAAAGAUGCUAUUGGCACUGGUGGCACGUCGCUGAUGCCUUUCCUCAAACAAGCACGUAAUGAAACCACAGAGCCAUCAAGGAUCUACUGGGGACUUCAACGCACCACCAAUACAGCACAGAUAAGUACACCCCUACAAGCGUGUACAGUAAUUUGUUAG